UGGCGUAACUUUAGUGUAGAGUGCAUAGUUUCACUACAUAUAAAUAUAUUAUUAACAUUAGUUUGUAAUUUGUAUGAAUUCCUAGCCGUAAGUCUGCGACAUCCUGCCUGUCUCCGCUGUGCUUCCUGGAUGAACACAGGGGGGCCAUCCUUGAUUGAACAGUAACGUUACGCCAAGCUGCGAUAUCCAACAUGGCUGGCCAGGAAGACCCAGUGCAGAGAGAGAUUCACCAGGAUUGGGCGAAUCGAGAGUAUAUAGAAGUAAUAACGAGUAGCAUCAAAAAAAUCGCCGACUUUCUAAACUCGUUUGACAUGUCGUGUCGAUCCCGUUUGGCCACUCUCAACGAGAAGCUGACGGCGUUGGAGAGGAGGAUUGAAUAUAUUGAGGCCAGAGUGACAAAAGGAGAGACCUUGACCUAGAACUCAUCAAAGAGGUUCAUAGCAUCCUAGAGAUACCUGCCCAUCCCACCCCCCCUCCAUCCUGAAUUUCUUGGAAAAAGUGUGAUGGAUUCCACCCUCCUUUUUGGGACCAUGUGGACCAGUUUUUAUAUUAAAUGAUUGAGUUGUGUGUUGUUUUAUCUUAUGACACAUUUGUAUAGAAAACAAUGGCUUUGCUUUGGGUGUCUGUGACUCAAGGAUCAUCAAUGUUACAAAAUAAGAAUAACCUCCGUAAGUAUUGGUUUUAAAAACAUAUUUUGGAGCUCCAUUAUGGACCUGGUAUCAGCACAACUUGUCAGUGAUCUGUGUUGUAAACUGUGUCAUUACCACAUCAGCGAUUUGGGAGGGGAACAUUCUUGUGUGCCAAGUUGAACAAGUAAUUGUGUAGUCAUCUUUACCGAAGACCUGCUUGUACAGUGAACUGUUUGGUGAUGCUUCCGGAUUUAAAUACUGUAAUAAAUGAUCAAAAAAGA